AUGCCUGUUGAGCAGAAACAGUGUGUCACUGCAUCAUCUACCUCAAAUAUAUCUCUUCCCCAAAGACGUCAUCGCAAAACCACCAAAGCGCCUCGCUUGAAGAAACUUCUCGAGUUUCGAAGCCGGGACCUCUGUGGGUUUGGAGAGGAGGACUUUCAAUCGUCGAAAGGAUGUUCAGCCGACUGCCAGCAGAAGUGGCGGUCUCUCCUCUUUAACAGUAACUCUGCAGCUAUCGGUUUUCCUCGCACUGCCCGCCUGCCAGCGCCGCCACCGCCGCCGCCACCGCCUGCACCACCGCCGCCGCCGCCGCCGCUGCGUUUCAAAGUCGAUACGUCUCCUGAGAACAAUCAGCGUUCCAUUGUUUCAACAGGCUAGCCAACUCUGCGCGCACGAAAUCCCUCAUAACACCCCCCUCUCCUCCAUCCCUCAUCCUUCCAGCCAGCGUAGGCUAUAGCUCUGCCUAAUGACAAGUCAUUGUAUACAGACUACCCCGACCCCUCCGCCUCUCACUCUUAAAACUGAAGGGCGGCGGGGAUGGGGGUGCUAUUUGUUUUGGCCGGGACCUGAGCUGGCUAUUUGCGAGCGCGCUGGUGUUGGUACGACUGGAUGGAUGUUGAAGGGACGACCCUGCAGCUUUUGGACCGAGUUUUAUUCGUUCUUUGCUCAAAAUGCCCCAAGUGAUCUCAUAGUAGGGAAUUCGAAGUAGGCUGGUUCUCUCGUAUUCUAACUCCAACGUACUUGGUAAAAUACCUUGUUUAUCUAAAAGUAGUUAAUAAAGUUAUUUUUAAAUGGAAGAACCUUGAUCAACUUUGGGCUACAGAUUAAAUUUGACUCAAAAAUUUAAUUAUUUGAACUUCUGGAUAAGCGAGUGUGGAUUUUAACACCUGUGGGCUUUCAAAUACUCCCUCGGGAAUUUGCAGCCCAAGAACGCCCUUCCUACGUUUGUAUCACAAGAUUGUUCACAUAAUAAUAGUCUGUAAGAUUCUCGUCUCAAACAUUACCCUGUUGUUAAUCUAUUUUUAAAGCAAGAGAUUAAUUAGCAAGGGCUCCACAUUCUUAUUGGAUAAGAUGUAGUGAAGCGGGAAAGCAUUUUGUUAAUAUCACAUAAUUUGUACUUUUUCGUGGAG